UUUGGUGGCUGUUCCCAUUGGUUUAGUCCAAUGGUUCCUUUUUGCUCUGCCCCAGCUUCUGAGCACAUGCACCUGGGGGAAACACCCUCACACUAGUCUGUGUGGCAAGGGGGAGGGAAGGCAUGCAGGCUGUUCUUCCUCCUGACCGAUUAUGGGCCUGGUGCCCAGGAGUAUACCAUGAUGAGCAGGGCCAUGUGUGGGUGGCUGUGCUCAGGAAAGAUCCAAAGACAGGCAUCCUGUGGGCCAGGGUACGGGCCGAACAGGUCCCUCUGGGGGAUUCCUGGACCCGUAGUCAGUUCCCACUCUCACCUCUCCCCCAUCUGUGGCAGUGGUGCCCACGUGGACUUUACCGUGCAGCUGGGGGGACAGGAGAAGAUGAAUGGUGGCUGAAGAGCCAUCAGGUGGUAUCUGGUGUUCCAGAGAUACUCCUCUGCCAACUACCCAGAUGAGGCCACAGCAAAGUAAAUACCUGAGACUGGCAGGACUUCUCAGGAGCAGGCCUGCUGUGAGGGUUUUAAAUACAUAUACUUUUUUCUUUCUUUAAAUAGGGCAAUAUGAACAAGGAAAAAGGGAAGAUUUUUCUUUUAUGUUCGGCAAUGCAGUAUUAAUUUAAAUCUGUCAUGUUAUAAAAUGUUUGACAAAUGUAAGGGGGCCUUUCUAAAAAUGGUGAUGAGGCAGUUUAUAUCACCGAUCACAAAAUGAAAGCCAUUUCUUUUAGAGUAAAAAAAAUUUGU